AUUUAUAUCAUGAAAUAUUCACUUUAUGAAAUACUAGUUAUUUGGUGGUUUACGCAUGCGCAUUGUACACGUUCUUCUAGAAACUGUAUAUAUUUUCAAAUUAAAAUCAUCAGGAUAUGAUCCGACAAAUGUGUGAAACAGUACGAUUAGUCAUUAAACUAUAAUCUAUAACUUUGAACUAUAAUCUCUGUCGAUUUUGUUCUAAAAAAUGAGUUGUACAGAGACCUUACAUUCAAAUCCUCAUCCAAAUGAUUUAUCAUUUAUCACAGAUGAUGAAACCCCAUCAGCCUCAUCGGUUGAGGAACCUAUGGAUGAUGACUCGCAAACGAAAAAGACUGUUGAUAUAUCGCCUAGAAGCGAUAUUGAAUUUUUAAAAUAUCUACGAAAGAGCAGAGUUUCUCUCGAAAAUGUCUCGGAAGUUUAUGCCUUUGUUGAACAUUCCAGUUCAUCAUUAAAGCACAUAGAAAAAAAUGGCACAAAUGUUGAAAGCGAUGAUCAAAUUCCUAGAGUAGACGUUACCUCAGUAAUAAACACCGGUGUCAUGCCCAGUAUACCUUUACAGUUACAGCAACCGGUAGAUUAUGAAGCCGACAAUUCGGCUUGCAAAUGUUCCCAAAUACAACUUCAGAAUGAUGGAGAAAAACAACAAUGUCAAAUGACAGAUUCUAUUUAUAUGAAAAGUCGUAUGUGCUGUGAACUAGCUUUUUCUAAUAACGUAUUUAGAAUUCAUGUACGAUUACCUUAUGUUGUUAUGUGUGAGAAACAUACCGAAAUUGCCAAAAAACACCAUUGCUGUACAAUAUGCGGUCAGCAUUGUUUACUUGGUAAAUUUUACGUUUGUGAAAAGAAGCAUUUAACACACGUCAGAUGUGCUAAUAGUGUAAAAGUGAAAAAAUGCGAACAUUGUGAUUCUGAGAAUUGGAAAGAAGAAUUGUUUACACUGAAAUAUUGUAGUGAGGCUAUUCGAAGAGAAAUUGUUGAAAAACACGGAGCAGCUCAAAUGAAAAUUAAAAAAAAAACAUAUUCUUUAAGCGAUGAAGCAAGGAAUAAAUUACAAAGAUCUUUUGCAACUAUUUCAGUUAGCAACGAUUCAUUUUCCAGCAGUCGGACAUACAAUAAUCUACAUGCAGCUGUUAAGCAUGGAGAUACUAGUGGAAUUUUGCAAUGUAUAAGAAAUGGUGCUGAUCUUGAUAAAAUAAGCGAAGGAUUAACUCCUCUAUUGAGAGCUGUGAAAAACUGUGAUAUAGUUGCCGUUGACAUUCUUCUUUGGGCAGGAGCGUCGUUAAGUAUAAGAGAUGAUGAAUGCCGUACACCCUUCCUCAUUGCGUCUAAAAUUGGGAAUCUUGACAUUGUUAAACAAUUGUUGAAUUAUGGUGCAUGCAUCUGUGAUUUAGAUCUUGAUGGACGAACGGCUUUGCAUAUGGCUGCCUUGUCGAAUGAUUUAGAGGUAGUAAAAUUAAUAACAGAUUUGAUUGACGUGGAUAUUGAGGACAACUGCGGCUAUACUGCUCUUAUGGACUGCAGUGAAAACCGGUGUGAAAAUGUAGCUGAGUUUCUAUUGUCAUUGGGUGCUAACCCCAAUCACGCCGAUAUCGAAGGUUCGACAUCUUUACAUUGGGCUGCUUACGGUGGUUCUUUUAAAUUGGUUCAUUUGUUUGUAUCUACCUGCUGUAAUCCAAGAAUACCUAACAAUGCUGGAGAUCUUCCACUUCACAUAGCUUUACGUCAGGAACAUCACGAUAUUGCUGAAUACCUUGCAGGAAUUGAAGGGACAAACGUUAAACAUAAGAAUCAACAAGGAGAGACCGCAUUCGAUCUCCUACCAAAAGAUAAAAUUCAUCUAUUGUCUAUGUUUGAUAAUAGAACAAAUUUCGAAGCUAUUGUUAGUGAAGAUGUGUCAAAUGGAAGAGAAAAAAUGGCAAUACCGGCUUUUAACGGAAUCGACGCCGAAACGAAAGUGGACGCUUUCCAAUAUAUAAUUCGCAAUUACGGAUCUUCUCGCGUUGUUUAUAAUGAAAUUGUAAGUCAGAAUAGAUUCUGUUCUUGCUCCUUUGAUUGUUCAGAAAAUUGUUCUUGCUCCGAACUACACGGAUGUUAUGAUGAGAAUGGUCGUCUUAAAUCGAAAGUCUCUGGACCUAUAUUUGAAUGCAGUGUACUCUGCCCGUGCUGGAACAAUCGCUGUAAAAAUAGGGUUCUAAGUAAGGGAAUACAAUAUAAUUUGGAGGUUUUUCGCACAAGCGACAGAAGAUGGUCUCUCCGAUCUGGUCAAUUCAUUCCAAAAGGUUCUUUCAUCUGCGAACUUAAUGGUAUUUAUGAAAAAGAGAGCAGAAAUGAAAUAUCAGUUUCAAUAUCAAAACAAACGAGUUUAUUCCUAACAACCGAUGUGGCUUCAAAUAUAGGACGAUUCGUAAGACGGGAUUCUGAGGCCAAUUUAAUUUACGCCAAAGUGUUCAUCAACCAAUACGAUACAACUUUUCCAAGAAUUGGACUAUUUGCCAAGAGAAAUAUACAAACUGGGGAAGAGUUAAUAUGCGAUUUUCGACAAAAUUGA